AUGAAGCGACCAAACAGCAACGGCGACUUGGGUGAAACUCUGCUGAAGAAAAAAAAGGGGUGGGACACUCUGUACGAGACGGUGGUGAAAGCUUCGUCCCAUGCGAGCACAAAGUAUGAUGAGAACGCCCUCGUGAGUAAGGAGCUGCCAGAUUUGAACAGCUCCAAUCGCUUCAUCUUUACCUUGUCGUCUACUGGGAUCAUUCCGCGCGAGGAGGUGGACGUCACGAAGAAAAUCCUGAAGCUAUGCAACCUGCGGGACGAGUUUAUAAAGCCGUUCGCGGACAUCGACACGACGUUGGUAGAAAAAAGAAGCCACUCGAAGGGCGGCGAACCGAAGGAGCAUGAAGACACCAAGUCGGAUGAGCCAAUUUACAACCCUAGCAAGGUGGUCAUUUUGGAGAAGUGUAACGCCUUCCUCAAUUUUGUCGACGGGAUUUUCUUCGUUCACUGGGACCCCCUGCUGGACGAUGGGCCGAAGAGCAGAGAUCAAUGCAGCGAAGCGAACAAGCUAGCAGAGCACGCGAGCAUCAAGUCGACGGAGGAAUACCUAUCAGCCAUCCAAGAAAUAAUGAUGGCCGUGCAGGACCCUGCCUGCAAAAGCUUCUGCUAUCAAAGAUUAAAGUACCUAGAACAAAAAUUUGAUUUCCACCUUAUGUUUAAUGGGUCUCUAGAGUUACGUGAAACAGCUAACAUAAAGCAUAGGGACUUUUACAACAUCAGGAAGGUAGAUGCACAUGUGCAUCACUCAGCAUGCAUGCAGCAGAAGGUAUUGCUGCGAUUCAUUCGAGACAAAUACCAAACAGAACCUAACACCGUAGUGUACAUGACAGAAAAUGGGAUUAAAAUGACCCUUAAGGAUAUUUUCGAUCAGGAAUUAAAGACCUCUGCAUAUGAAGCAACCGUAGACACACUAGCCGUUAAUGCACUCGGAAGCUGCUUCCACAGAUUCGAUCUGUUCAAUGAUAAAUAUAAUCCAUUUGGACAAAAAUUGCUAAGAGAAAUAUUUUUGAAAACGGAUAACUAUAUCGAAGGAAGGUACUUAGCCGAAAUUACAAAACAAGAAAUAAAAAAUUUAGAGAAAUCGAAAUAUCAACAUGUGGAAUGGCGUAUAUCUAUAUAUGGAAGGAACACAAACGAAUGGAAAAAGCUAGCUAAAUGGGUUCUACAGAAUAAUCUCUCCAGUAUUUCUGUACGUUGGAUUAUUCAAGUACCAAGACUUUACUAUAUAUAUAAAAAAAGAAGGAUAAUCAACUCCUUUGCUGAUUUUUUAAGUAACAUAUUCGAACCUUGUUUUGAAGCUGUCAAAAAUCCAGAACAGAAUAAAGAAAUUUUUUCCUUCCUCCAGCAAGUCGUUGGUUGGGACAGCGUUGAUGAUGAGUCGGCCAUUUCCAAGUAUACCACUAGAGGUGGGGAGCUUCCUACUCCUGAUAAAUACACCAGUGACAACAACCCCCCUUACUCCUACUACGCAUACUAUAUGUACGUUAACAUAAGGACCCUAAAUGACUUUCUCGUUAGUCGACACCUACGCCCCAUGGCUUUCAGGUGAAUGUUCCUACUGGCAGACAGAAUAAACCACGGAAUAAAUUUGAGGAAAUCGCCCGUUUUGCUGUACCUCUACUAUUUGAAGCAGAUCGGGUUGGCCGUUUCGCCCCUGUCCAACAACGCCCUGUUUUUGCAGAUCGGUAUGUCUGCACGGAGUCCUUCGGGAAAGGCUCACUCUGAACAGGAGAAAAACCCGUUUAAGCGCUUCUUCAAAAUUGGCCUGAACGUGUCUCUGUCCACGGACGACCCCCUCAUGUUCCACUUCACGGAUGAGCCCCUGCUGGAGGAGUACUCCGUGUGCGCGCACAUAUGGAAGCUCAGCACCGUGGACUUAUGCGAACUAGCAAGGAACUCCGUCAUGCAGAGCGGGUACGAACCAUCCUUCAAGGAGCACUGGUUGGGCACAGACACAACUAAUGGAAUGACAAAUUUUGAGAACCACCCGGAGAAAACGAACAUACCCAACACGAGGGUGGCGUACAGGAAGAACACCUUUGACGAAGAGAAUGAAAACAUUUGGAGGCUAGCGAAUUACGCAAGUGACGCGUGA